GCAACUGGUAUUUUCAGAAGCAUGGCAUCGUUUACAGUGCGUGCUGAUCUGAACGCUGCAAAAACACUUGCAUUUGACACGUUAGCACUUAUAGUUGGGAAGGCGAAGAACUUGAAGGCGUUAAAUUAUGAGUCUAAACUUAAAGGAAGAUUAGGGAGUUUUGUUUCUGACAAACUUUGGUCAGAGGCAAUUUCAACUAUUUCUAAAAGUGGAUCGGCAUCUAUACCGCUUUAUUUGAAUUUUGCGAGGAUAAUAUCUGUGCCUGAUGAAGUCAGCCGUCAUAACGCACCGUCCAAUGCUUUGGCAAUAUUCAAAGAACUCAAAAACUUUUCCAAACCGGAAGGAGUAAAAAAUAUUUCUGUAACUUUGUUAGCAGACUGGGUAGAUGUCUGUGCCAGUGUUGCAGCAAUAUCACGUUGCUUUCCAUUAUACGAUAGUCGAACUAAUAUUCAGUCACCACUCGAAGCUGUUGAAUUAGAAAUAAUUGUUUCUGAAAACGAUAAGGUCUCUUUUUCUUGCAAGUGCAAUGCGACUAGUCUUAGCUCUGCCGAUAUUUCUUUUCUACAAGAUCUUUGUGACUCUAUUCGGUUGAGUGCUAAGCUUACUGAUAUUCCCUGCAAUACCCUUCACACAGAAGCUUUUGUCAGUGAAGCAGUGAAGUUGGUUGGAGGAUUGAAUGGAGUUAAAUCCAGUAUAAUCAAGGGCGAUGAUCUUUUGAAGCAAGGGUUCGGUGGCAUUUAUCACGUUGGGAAAGCCGCACUGCAUCCCCCUGUGUUUGCUUGUUUCAGUUAUGAACCCGCAGGGGCUAUGCAGACAUAUGCUUUGGUUGGUAAAGGCAUAGUUUAUGACAGUGGUGGUAUGACACUUAAAGGAAGGACAAUAAUGCCAGGAAUGAAACAGGAUAUGGGAGGAGCUGCUUCUAUGUUAGCAGCUUUUUAUGUAUUAGUAAGAUCAGGUUUUAAAGAAAAUCUUCAUCUCCUUCUCUGCGUUGCUGAAAAUAUGAUUUCUCCUUCCGCUCUCCGUCCUGAUGAUGUGAUUACAAUGCUAAGCGGUAAAAAAGUGGAAGUCAAUAAUACCGAUGCGGAAGGCCGUUUGGUGCUUGCUGAUGGUGUUUAUUACGCAAAACAGAUUCUGAAAGCCAAUACAAUAAUUGAUAUGGCGACUUUAACUGGAGCCCAAAGACAGGCCACUGGUAAGUUACACGCAGCUGUGCUGACGAACAGUGAAGAAUGGGAGAAAAGGAUUUGCGCUGCCGGAAGAUUUAGUGGUGAUUUGGGACCUCCAAGUUGUAUUGCUGGUCUUUUCAUAGCAUCACACAUUGAUUUUGGGAAAGAUGUUGACUGGAUACACAUUGAUUUCGCUCAUCUUGUUGAGAACGGUGAACGUGCUACUGGUUAUGGUCCAUCACUGAUUUGCGCUGCUUUCGGGAACGAGUGUGACGUACCACUUUUGAAAAGCUGA